UCAGCUCACACUCUCCUUCUUCUUCCCGCUGCAAGUGGAGCGACUCGUAGCGACAACAUGGCCAAGGACAUGACUCUCUUCUGGGGCUCCGGCUCGCCUCCGUGCUGGAGGGUGCAGAUCGCCCUGGAGGAGAAGAAGCUGCAGGGCUACAACAGCCACUUGAUGCGCUUUGACAAGAUGGAGCACAAGUCGCAGAAGGUCUUGGACGUCAACCCCAGAGGCCAACUUCCUGCCUUCAAACAUGGAGACAAGAUCCUGAAUGAGUCCUUCGCUGCGUGCUUGUACUUGGAGGACCAGUUCAAGGCCCAGGGCACCAAGCUGAUCCCAGAGUGCCCUGUAGAACGUGCCAAGAUGUACCAGCGCAUGUUUGAGGGCAUCACCCUCGGCCAGAAGCUUGGAGACGUUAUCUACUAUGAAUGGAAGGUCCCGGAAGCGGAGAGACACGACUCUGCAGUGACAAGAAACCGGAAAGCCUUAUCUGAUGAAAUCAAACUGUGGGAGAAAUACCUGCAGGAGGGGCCAGGCCCUUUUCUGUCGGGAAAGACAUUUUCAAUGGCUGAUGUCCUUGUUUUCCCAGGCAUUGCCUACGCGUUCCACUUUGGGUUGUGUCCUAAAAGUUACCCGAAACUGGCUGAAUACUACAAUAAUUUGAAGGCUCGGAAGAGCAUCAAAGACACGUGGCCUCCAACUUGGGAGGAAGGAAAAGAAAGCAAACUCAAAGGCAUCUAAAAUUGUCGUCGUUGUGGCUUGUGCAGCCCUUUGAGAUACUCGUGAUUUAGGGCUCUAUAAAUAAACUUUGAUUGAAAAUGGAAAACAAACAUUUUUAUAAGACCGCUCUUUGUAUUGCACUACAAUAGGAUGUUGUACUGUGGUUUAUUAGCUGCUUUUGUGCUAUAAAAGUCAAUAAAAACAUAAGUUGGACAUGAA